AGAGUGAGAGAGAGAGAGAGCAUCAGUCAGGCCUGUGCGCGUCUAUUGUUCGCUCAGCGUGUGAACACAAAGACUCUUGAGGCGGGUCCAUCGAGCACGAGCGCCGCGGGAUCUGCAGCUUGAGGCCUCGAACGACUCAAACGGGCCGAUUUUACCUCAUUAAUCACCAAUUCUCGUAAUUUAACACCGAUUCUCAUGAUCACUCUCGUCCCGGGAUUCACAUAAUCCCGUGUGUUGUCGCUCGGUCCUCCGGUACAUCAGUGUUUCAGGCUGUUCCUCCAAGUCAUUCAAGCUGUACUCCCCGAAGGAGCCCCCCAACGGAAGCGCUUUUCCCCUCUUCCACCCCGGCACCAUGCUGGACAGAGACGUGGGCCCGACGCCCAUGUACCCCCCCACAUACCUGGAGCCAGGCAUCGGGAGACACACACCGUAUGGAAAUCAGACCGACUACAGGAUAUUUGAACUGAACAAGCGGCUCCAGAACUGGACCGAGGACUGUGAUAAUCUGUGGUGGGACGCUUUUACUACUGAAUUCUUCGAAGAUGACGCAAUGCUCACCAUCACUUUCUGUCUGGAGGACGGCCCUAAACGAUACACGAUUGGUCGGACGCUGAUUCCACGUUAUUUCAGGAGUGUGUUUGAGGGCGGCGCCAACGAGCUGUACUACAUCCUGAAACACCCGAAAGAGUCUUUCCACAACAACUUUGUGUCUCUAGACUGCGAUCAGUGCACGAUGGUCACACAAAAUGGCAAACCCAUGUUCACACAGGUGUGUGUGGAGGGCCGUUUGUACCUGGAGUUCAUGUUUGAUGACAUGAUGAGGAUAAAGACGUGGCAUUUCAGCAUCCGGCAGCACAGAGAGCUCAUUCCCCGCAGCAUCCUGGCCAUGCAUGCUCAGGACCCACAGAUGUUGGAUCAGCUGUCCAAAAACAUCACCAGAUGUGGCCUGUCCAACUCCACCCUCAACUACCUCCGAUUGUGUGUGAUCCUGGAGCCCAUGCAGGAGCUGAUGUCCAGACACAAGACGUACAGUCUGAGUCCCAGAGACUGCCUGAAGACCUGCCUGUUCCAGAAGUGGCAGAGGAUGGUCGCUCCACCAGCUGAACCAGCCAGACAGGCACCGAGUAAACGGCGGAAGCGGAAGAUGUCUGGUGGCAGCAACAUGAGCGCAGGUGGCGGCGCUAAUAAUAACAGCAACAGCAAGAAGAAAAGCCCAGCGAACAGCUUCCCGCUGUCCAGUCAAGUUCCUGAUGUGAUGGUGGUGGGAGAGCCCACUCUGAUGGGGGGGGAGUUUGGUGACGAGGACGAGCGUCUGAUAACGCGGCUGGAGAACACGCAGUUUGAUGCGGCCAACGGCAUCGAUGACGAGGACAGCUUUAACAACUCGCCCGCUCUCGGCGCCAACAGCCCCUGGAAUAACAAACCGCCAUCCAGCCAAGAGGGCAAGAACGACAACCCCACUUCACAAGCGUCUCAGUGAGACUCAGGGCGAGGGGGCGGGGCUGGGGACAGCCAAUGGGAGCGUUGGGUAUCAAACAGGAAGAGGUUGCAGCCAUUCGGUCAAGGGUCAACUUAUUCAUCUACCUGCAGGACGACGCCCAGCGCUGGACUUCCUGUGUCAGAGGAAACAGACACCAGAGAUGAGCGCCGAACCACAACACACAAACAAUUUCAUCAACACAAACAGGACUGAGUGAAUCUAGUGACACCGGUUCAUAUUUCACCACAAAAUCAAAACUCAAUGAGUACGUCCAUUCGGAAUAAUACGAAUUACCGUCAGACAUCGAGGGGUGAUCUCACAAAACCCGUCAAGAACAUGUCCUGGUCAAAUUUAACCUCAACUCAAAACCAUUCUCAAAUUAUAUUUGCAUUGUGACAUUCUUUUCAGGGCACUUAAACACAUUUUACCCCUCAAUGCACGUCUGGAUGUCCAGAGAUGAUCGUCAUUCCUCACAUAUUUAUGAUGAAAUCAGUGAUGAUGAAAGGAGUACCGCUGUGAUGUAUAAAUACAGUACUGGAAAUCUCAUGAUGACCAUCUUUUGCCCACUUUACAGUAAUGAGAAUGUCAAAAAUGUGCGUAACUCCUGAAAAUAAUGUCACAAUGCUCCUGCUGUUUAAUAUCCGGGAAGGAUUCACAUUUUGCAGAGUUUGCUCUGUGUUUUAUACCGGCCUCUAUUUCCCUAGAACGUUUUUAUUCCAUUUAUUUUCUCUUUUUUUUACCGAUGUUGAAAGCUGCAAACCAAGGAGUAACUGGACCGUCGUGGUCCUAAAAGAUUUCAACCCUCAGAUUUUAUUGGUUUGUAUAAUUUUGGAAAGAGUCAUUUAGUGUGGGCUUUGAUUGAUUUGUGUGUACUUGUGCUUGUAUAUUUAAGGUAGUAGCAGAGUUGUGUAUAACUGUAUUGAGAUGUAUUCCUCCUUAGAGUUACAUAAAGCCAUUCUGAUCUAAUGUAUCAUGAAAGAUAAAACACAUCAACCUCGUCUUCACCCCUCUUAAUUAUGAUUUUUUCAUUUGUGUAAAUCUGAUGGAUUCAAAUCAAGGGCACAGUCUCCAUGUUUGUUUUUAUUCAAUAUUAAUCUUUACAUGGAUUUCAAUGAUUGACGUUUUGUUUUUGUCCAUCUCUUGGUUUUACUUUGUGAAGCGAGACCAAGCGUGGGCAACUAGUCAUGUUUUUAUCUUCACCCAAUUCUGCUGAGGACUUCAACAAUUUUUGUACUUUUUGAUUGUUUUGGUUUCCCCGGGUUAAUUUGAAUGAAUUAAAGGUCUGCACUUGUAAUUGAAAUAAAUCCGCAACCUUUUCCUCUUUUAACCUUCCUUGUAGAGAUGUCCCUGUUUGAUAUGACUUUUUCUUAAUUUCUGCCCUUGAUUAAAUUAAUGUAUGGAACCAAUAAAAUAUGAAU